CACACUGUAGUGGCUAGCUUGCGCUUUGGAUCUUCGAAGAAGUUUCAGAAAGAUUGAGUCAUCAGAAAAUUGAUGGGUCAGAAUAACAUGUGACCAUGGGCAUGAUGCCACCGCGUCAGGCGUAGGGAUCCCACACAGCCACCAGCACAUAGUCCUGGGAGUGUUGAUGGGUUGGAUCUACAGGAAGCACUCAUUAAAUUCUCGGAAGCCAGUUGUCAACCCUAACAUCGUAGACAGCAUUGACAAUGACCAUGAGAUCGCUGCUCUUCUUUACCGCUCUUGUGAGCCUUCUACUCCACUCCAAAGCCUUUCAACCCAUUGCAUCCCCACCACAGACUGGCAGACUGGGAGUGAUUCGCCAUGCCACGGUUCCCAAAGUGAACGAGAGACCUCGUUUGAUCUCCAGAGGCAGACAAUCACCUACUACCAAGUCCGAUCCUUCGGCGCUUACGUUUCAGGGACGGAUUGUCAAGACAUCCCGCCCACUGGUGCCACUCCAAGACAAGGACUUUCUCGUGGACUUUUUCCAAUCCGACCGAGCACGCAACACACUCUUUGUCUCCGAUGCUCCUCCGGUACCCAUCGAACCGGUAUCCAAUCAACUCUUUUUGGAAUGGCAGGCCGAAACACAAAGAUUGGGUGCUACCUUGCCCACCGGUGCGUCAUCCUCAUCGGAACGAGUCAUGCAAUUGUGUAGCAAUGGCAUUAGCUUUUCGGGGUUGCACGUGGAGACGACCGUGCAGUGUGGUAGCAAAUUGAUCGAGUCCGACCCCGUAACGGGCUUGCCCGUGUACGAGUUGACCAUGAUUAAAGACAAGACACAGGCACGGGGACCCAAACUGCUCAUGUGGAUUUACAAUCAAGUCAUGAGUGUCGUGUCCAAGGACAACAGCUCUGACAAGACGACAACCUCGCUCUGCCGCAUCUCCUUGGUGGAAAAGAAUGGUGGAGUGGCAUUGGAAUUUGUAUCUGACUUUGAAGUCUCCAUGAAGUUUCCCCGCUUUUUGCUCAGGGUGUUGCCGGUGUCCAAAUCAAGAGCCGAACAACAGGGCAGGUCGGCAUUGACCAGCUUUGUGGAGAAGGGAGUGGUAGAAUCUAUCCAUCGAUUUGAAACUGCCUUUGCAGCCGCUUCUCGAUUGGCACCAUGAGUACUGUGUCAUCCCACCAAGAAAAUAGACGGGAAGAGUCAGAAGAGAAUGGAAUCCAAUCAAGGUGGAUUAGAUACCGGUACACCGUAGAUAGAUAAUAAUACUAAUAAGGAUUAGAUUGCGUGUUUU